GCCAGCAGCCCUCAAGACCUGCGUCUCUUCUAUGAGAAAAACAAGACGCUCCUGCCAAACAUCCCAAGAGAAACCUCUGCCCAUCUGAGACAGCUUCUUUUAGGGCUGUUGCAACGAAAUUACAAAGACCGCAUGGAUUUUGAUGAAUUUUUCCACCACCCUUUCCUGGAUUCUAGCGCUUCUAUGAAAAAAUCUGCUUCGGUGCCAAUGCCUUCUUAUCCAAGCUCUGGCUCUGGAAGUUCUUCCAGCAGCUCCUCCACGUCUCACUUAGCGUCACCUCCGUCGCUUGGCGAGAUGCCCCAUCUGCAGGAGAAGACCCCAGCCUUCCCCCAACAAGGCUCCCCGGCUUUCCUGCACCGGUCGAAGGAAUCGGCGGGAAGCAGCAGCAAAAAUUCCUCAUGUGACACCGACGACUUUGUAAUGGUGCCAGCCCAGUUUACAAGUGAUUUAGCUGCGGAAGUUACUGGAGGCAAGCUGAUCCAGGACAGUCUGAUGGGGAGCGGGAGCUCCCUGGUGACUUCUGCAGACUUGGAAAGCCAAGGAAGGACUCCAUCUCCUUCUCCUCCAUACAGCAGUUCUCCUAGCCCAUCUGGGCGAUCAAGCCAAUUUUCAUCCAGCACUAGAUCCGGACAAUCAAUACCCAUUCCAGUCCCUACACAGAUCCAAAAUUACCGCCGGAUUGAGCAGAAUCUUCAAUCCCCCAAUCAAUAUACUUUGCCACGGUCUAAUCCUGUCAAAAGAUCUGGCAGCACGAGUCCACUUGGCUUCUUGAAAGCCAGCCCAUCCCCUCCAUUUUCUGCUGGUGAGCAUGGAACAGUGCCAUCCCCUAGAAGGUUCUCCUUUGGCGGUGCCAAGCCUUACACACCUUCUCCUCAAGUUGGAACAAUUCCAGAGCAGCCAGACCAGAUGAUCAUCCCGUGUCCUCUCGGAACUGAGUUGAGAUCUCGGGUGCCCAUAACCGAUGCUUCGGGAUCGGACCCUUCUCAACGAGGACUGGGCUAUCGCCUUCACAGCGCUCCCAACCUCUCCGAUUUCCAGUCUUGCCGGCAAAAAGUCACCAAGCAGUACUCCGAUCCACUGGUCACUCACUUCAGCCCUGUCCCAGCAGGUCAGGCUGCACGGCUGCCCAGUCUUCAGUCUGGCCGGCCUCUCAGGUCUUCUCCGAAGCUCUCUGAAUUCAUCCAGAGGACUCCCUUGCCCACCAUUUUGGGUUCUCCCACAAAGGCCAGGUCACCCUUUGAGUUCAAUAAAAACCCCAGCUCCCAAAACCUGUUUGCUCUCUUGGCCCAUCAAACGGUGGUCAUCACUCCGACGAGGAACAAAACCCUGCCAGAUAUGAAAGAAGUGGGACACUUGCCUUACCAACCAGGGGGUCUCGGUUUGAGGCCGACGGAAGACAGCAAAGUCAGGUCACUUAGCACUGGCCGCCUCACUGAUCUGCUUCUUAAAGCUGCUUUUGGGGAAACUGGCAGUAAUGAUAGCCUCAACAGCGAGAAGCCCAUGGAGAUCACAGCUCCUUCCAUGGCUUGUGGAGGAACCCCUCAUUCGGGGGCUCGAGAAGGUUGCUCAGGGAGCCCUUCACCAGUGGUCUUCACCGUUGGGUCACCUCCGGCUGGGGCAACACCACCGCAAACCAUCCGGACCAGAAUGUAUUCAGUAGGAUCUUCAAGUUCUCUGAGUUCUGGAGGAUCUUUCAGUGGGCGCCACUUAAUUAUGGGAGCCGGUGGGGAAAUCCUUGAAGCUCCAUCAGGUCUCAGAUAUACAUUGGCUGAUCCAAUUGCUGCCAACCUGGAAGGAGCAGUUACCUUUGAGGCACCUGAAUUACCUGAGGAGACACUCAUGGAACAAGAGCACACGGACAUCCUGCGCAGCUUGAGGUUCACCCUGGCGUUUGUCCACUACGUGAUGGAGCUUGCCACCAUCAAAGGGAGCGCCAGUGAGAUGUCCAGUUCGGUGGCCUCUGAGUACCAGCUUCAAGAAAGCGUCGUUGCUGACCAAAUCAGCUUGCUGAGCAAGGAGUGGAGCUACGCAGAACAGCUGGUCUUGUACUUGAAAGUGGCUGAAGUGCUGUCCGCCGGGCUUCAGAUGGCCAUUGACCAGAUCCGGGCAGGCAAGCUGUGUCUCUCCUCCACUGUCAAGCAAAUUGUGAGAAAGCUCAACGACCUGUAUAAAAGCAGUGUCUCUUCGUGCCAUCACCUGAACUUAAGGCUACAGAGGUGGUUCGUGGACAAGCAGAAACUCAUGGACCGCAUCAACAGCAUCACGGCUGAAAAGCUCAUCUUCAGCCACGCUGUGCAGAUGGUUCAGGCUGCUGCUUUGGAUGAGAUGUUCCACCACCGAGAAGACUGUGUCCAAAGAUACCAGAAAGCAUUGCUCUUGAUGGAAGGUCUCUUGAACUUCAUCUCUGAGCAAGGAGAUGUUGAGAACAUCAAUAAAUGUAAAAUGUGCAUUGAACGCCGGCUGUCCAGUUUGCUAUCAGGGAUCUGUGCAUGA